AGUGGAUUACAGUACUGGAGACCUAUUGCGGCCAUGAUGGCGUCAAGCUACAACGCGAAGGAGGAGGACGGACCGCACUCCGGUACUCCGGGUCUCGGCGGAGCAGCGGUGACGAAAAGUAAAAAGCCGGACAAUACAGCGUUUAAGCAGCAGAGACUAGUGGCCUGGCAGCCGAUCCUCACAGCGGGGACCGUACUGCCAGCUUUCUUCGUUAUCGGCAUCUUCUUCAUUCCCAUCGGCAUCGCCCUGUUUGUCACAUCCAACAACAUUAAAGAGUUCGAGAUUGAUUACACGGGUGUAGACGCCGACAGUCCGUGCUACAGCUGCGCCAAGGACUUUAGCUGGAACAGCACGACGUCAUGUACCUGCUCGGUCGACUUCAAGUUGGAGCAACCGUUUGAGAGCAAUGUCUUCAUGUACUACGGUCUGUCCAACUUCUAUCAGAACCACAGGCGCUACGUCAAGUCCAGGGAUGACAGUCAGUUGUACGGUGACUUAUCUGCGUUGACGAACCCCAGCAAAGAAUGUGAGCCGUACCGCACAAGUAAUGGGCUGCCUAUUGCCCCAUGUGGGGCUAUAGCAAACAGCCUUUUCAAUGACACCUUGGAGUUGUACUAUGUUGAUUCCAAUGGCACCAGAAAAGAGAUUCCUUUGGUAAAGAAAGGCAUUGCAUGGUGGACGGAUAAACAUGUGAAAUUCAGGAAUCCUGGUGGGAAUGACAACCUCACAGUAUCUUUCGAAGGCAAUUCUAAGCCAGUGAACUGGAGGAAGGCGGUGUACGAGUUGGACCCCACGGAUUCCGAAAACAACGGCUUCAUUAAUGAGGACUUUAUUGUGUGGAUGCGCACUGCUGCCUUGCCAACUUUCCGCAAGCUCUAUCGCAUCAUCCAAAAGAAGUCCAGCAACACCGCCACACUGCCCAGUGGGAACUAUGUCCUGGAGAUUACUUACAAUUACCCCGUGCUUAGCUUCGACGGUCGCAAACGAAUGAUCCUGAGCACCAUUUCUUGGAUGGGCGGAAAGAACCCCUUCCUGGGCAUUGCCUACCUCACCGUGGGCUCCAUCUGUUUCUUCCUGGGCGUCGUUCUGCUCAUCAUUCACCACAAAUACGAUACUCGCAACACCAGCGCAGACAUACCGAGCUAAAUGGUUCUGCUCAUCCCUGCAUGCAUCGAUGCCCCUCUGGAGACUGUUCCCGAUUGCUUGUUGCUAUGUUGUGUGAAUACACUGGUCUGUGUAAAAUGUCUGUCAUGCGUUCUGUGGAAAGUGUCCAAUCAAGAGCUGACGUGAAGUACCACGGGUUGUCAUACUCCGUGUAUACAGUUGGUCUGUGUAGUCGUUAUCGUCCGUCUUUGUCAACUUCUGUUUAUCGAUAAUUCCAUCACUUUGCGUUACUUCAGCAGUGCUUGCCACCUUACUUCAUGAAGGAUGUAUGUAGUUUUUCAGUUUCUGCUCUGUACUCUUUACUGUAUGUCCUGCUGAUGAAUGUACUGUUAUGUAUUUUAACUGACAUACCUCUGGACUUUGAUAUGAACUCCUGUUUGAGGAUUGGAAAAACAAAUCGCAUGCUGGUGAUUGAUAUGUAUUAAUGUUUACCUGUUAGUAUUUCUGUCUUGUUUUUUUUUUUUUUUGGAUAAUAACUUGGCAUCCACAGUGAAUUGUACCAAAGCUGGCAUGUAAGCCACUCGUACUUCCUUCUACUACUCACUAUCUUCCACACCACCGUAUCCUUGUGGUGCUCCCCCUUUGAGAGACCUUGACAGCACCUCCUUCAUUUUGGAGCGCAAAAUCUUUCCUGUCAAACGCCUGUUCAAUGUUAUGUAUUUCUUGCAGCUAACCAAAUGAAACUGAACGCACUUUAAAAGUGUCACUUUUCUAAGAUCUGUCUAUCGGUUCCUGUCUCUCGUCACAAAAUGACUUUGUUCACUUGGUAAGUUUGUAAGAAGUGGUUUUAACUUUGAAGUUUAUCAGUUAUUAUAAGGUUAAUAAGUUCCAAUGAAACAACUGAUGACAAAUGGUCUCCUGCAGUUCUUUUAAUGUCCACAAGUAUGAAGACAUUUUCAUUAAAAUGUUUUUUUUUAAUGAACUUAUGGUUGACUUUGAAUAAACACGCAUGUAACGCAUGUUUUAGUUAAUAAAACCGGAUGACUUUUUACGUUU